AUGGCCUCCUUCGAUCUCAACCCGACAGGGAUCGCUCAAGGCAUCCCCACCGGCCCCGAGCUGGACGACAACCUUGAUACAGACCACUUGAACGCGGUCGAUGACUACCCCGAUGAAGCAGACUACUACUCUCUACUAGGGCUUUCCUCUAAGCCUCCACCUACCGACUCUCAGAUCCGUUCCGCAUACCACAACCUGUCCCUUAGCUUCCACCCCGACAAGCAGCCGGCGCACCGGCGCGAAGCUGCUGAGCGCCAAUUUAAUCGCAUCCAAGAGGCAUACUAUGUUCUGAUCGAUCCGAAAAAGCGCGUUGUGUAUGACAUGAUGGGAUCAGAGGGUGUGAAGCGCGAAUGGAGUGGCGGGGGCCUCAUGGGUAAAAUGGGGAAGCGCGCGAGGGGCACUAUUUCCGUGGGGAUCAACGCGGCUGAGGCCAUCAGGGUGGAUGAGGAUGAUGGCAACGUGACAUUGGAGCUGCAUAAGAUGGGCAUGCCCAAGGUUCAGUCGCUGGCUUGCAGGUAUCAGUUUAAGACGCCGUUGUUAUUGCCUGGAUUCGACUCCGAGUCUGAAAAAGAGGAGGACGAUACCACCGCGGAAAGUAAGCCGGCGGAACUUGCAGAUGCUGAUGAGCAGGAACCGCCCGCAGAAGUGAUAUUCAGCAUGGGAGCUGCUGGUGUUCUUGGGCGGACCAAGCAGAAAUACAUUGUUGAAUAUGAAGGAGGAUCCGAGGAAGAGAUUGAGGUUGCUGGGCCGCCUAUAAUGGUCGGUAAUAGCCUCCACCUGGGCGCCACUAUUGUCCCCAAUUUCCAAACAAUUGCUGGAAUGAAAGGCAUUUGGCACAAACGGCCGCUCUCCUUUAUCCGUGAUUCCAACUUACGGAUAGAGGCUACUGCACUCCCGGAUCAAGCCCUGAAGGCGACCAUCGCUCGCAAUUUUCAGCCGAUCCCUGGCGUCACCCCGUUCCAAGUCACGGCGAGCAGCACUAUCAAGCGCUCGCUCUGGCAGGCUCCGCCUUCAUUCGAUAUCCAGGCAACAAAGCUCAUUGCCCGGGAGAAAUUAGGCUUCUGCUCCUGGUCUAGCGGAGCUUUCACUUGGCCAGACUUCUUGUUCGAACGAUUCAAUUCAAUUGGACCAACCGAGCAAUCGCUUUUCGAGAUUGAAAGCGAGCCCAGUAAUUUCCAAAUUGGACUUAUUGCGCUUCCGCCGAAUCCCAAGAAGGUCAUUGAGAUCGAAGAAGACGCUGAUGCUGAUGGCGAGGAGGAGGCGCACGGAAAGGUUGCCGAUGCUAAGACGGAUAACACCGCCGUCUCGUGGCGUACGUUCAUGACAGUUUCUCCAGGUGGCGCUGCGCUCGUGCUGAGCUACAGCCGGAAUAUCUUCUCUGGGAUAGCUGCCAAUGACCCGGUUCGGUCAGAGUGGAGUUCCGAAGGAUACUAUCCCAUGCCAAAGAUGGAGGGCCCAAGAGCCCUUCGGCUUGAGGUCUCUGGCGUUCUUGGAAUGGAUGCUUCUCUCACUUGGUCAGUCAAGGCUACUCGACGAGUCAGCGAGUUCACGAAGGUGGGACUUGGUGUAGGCCUAGCGGGCAACGGCGUGGUUAUGACCGUGCACUGGAAUCGACUUGGGCAGAAUCUCACUUUGCCGAUCACUGUCUGCUCGCCCAAAGAGGCCAACCAUGACGCUGCACUGCUCGCAGGUCUCAUCCCCAUGGCUCUUUACGGCAUUAUUGAGUUUGUAUACAUUCGACCACGCGACCGAAGAAAGCGCCGAGAGCAACUGGCUCGCCGCCACAAUGCUCUGAAGAAACUGAUCCCCAAGAAGCGAGAAGAAAGCCUGCAAGAUAUUGAGCUCUUGAGAGAUCAAGUCCUAAGGCGGCAAGCUCGAGAGGAAAGUCAGAACGGCUUAGUUAUUCGGAAGGCCGAAUACGGAUACAUUCCUCCCAAGAAGAGCAAGACUCUGAAGCCGCAGCUCGCGGAGCCUCGAGUGAUUGAUGUGACUAUACCGGUCGCCAAUCUAGUUGACCAUGGCCAGCUUAAUAUCCGAGCCAACACUGUCAAGUUCAAUAUUCUUGGGUUUUAUGACCCAGCACCUCUCCUGCCCAAGCGAUUGAAGAUUUGGUACACCUAUCAAGGCCGGGAGCAUUUUGUCGACGCUGGUGAGAAAGAGGAUAUCGCAUGCCCUUUGCGUGCGCACAUUCAGCAUACUUGA